CUCCAAGUCUCCACUCUGGCUGCCAUACACGGCUCAGCUCAGGCAGGCAGGUGGGCCGGCGGGGGUGAAACGCAUCCUCGGAGAGAUCUGCUGGAAACAUGAUCAUCAGGGGAACAUAAACGCGUUAUUCGUCUACGGUCAGAUGAUAAGACAACUCCAUGUGUUUCGUGUUAUCCUUCAAAUGACAUAACAAAAGAGGCAGGCGUCGGGUCCGUGCAGGAAAGACACUAGCCGACAUCAUCAGCCGCUGCGCCGUGUGAGGCGAGGUCAUCGCAGAGUAGCCUACCACGGUUCCCAUGGACCCCUGUGCCUUGAUCCCAAUAUAAAGCGCUGAAAACAACAUCAGGCCCCACCACCGACCUCAGUCAUCACUUCACCCAGUACUAUUAUCGAUAUCUCAGAGAGGAUGUGAGUAGGAGAAUGACUGAGGCUAUAAAACCUCAAUAAGUCCAACCAAGAAAAGAAGUGGAAUCACAUGGCUGCUAUGGACUGACGGGUCAACUGAUACCAGAUCACACUGGCUUUGCUUGGAAGUUGACAAUGGUGUUGUUUUUGAUUGGGAUCUCUAUUGCUGUGAAUAAUUCAUCUCAUGAGAACCAAACUGCAGAAACCCCCACCCAUCAGGGUGCUCAUGUGCUGCCCUCAACACUGGUCAUAUCCCUGCUUCUUAUCAUCGUUGUCCUGCUGACAAUCUACUGUCUGAGGUUCAAAAACCACAGGAAAGCUCUCGUUACCUCGGUGGAUAAAAAGAUUCCGAAUGGCUUCUUGGAGGAACAAGGAGAGCAGACAGUGGUCCUCCUCCCCAGAUCUCCCUCGCCAUCCAAGAGAUACUUCCCUAUCCCUCUGGACUCGCUGGAGGAGGAGUACCGGAUACGCUCUGCAGACGACGGCAAACUCUUCAGAGAGGAGUUCAACUCGCUGCCUUGUUACUACCACCACGGGUCCUUUGAGGAGGCGAGCAGAGAGCACAACAGAGAGAAAAACAGAUACCCAAACAUUUUGCCAUAUGAUCAUUCAAGAGUGUUGUUAAGUCAUCUAGAUGGACAUCCAUGUUCCGACUACAUAAAUGCAUCUUACAUAGAUGGUUUUAAAGAGAAAAACAAAUUCAUUGCAGCUCAAGGCCCGAAGCUUGAGACAGUGGCCGACUUCUGGCGGAUGGUUUGGGAACAGAAAACAGCAACUAUAGUAAUGCUGACAAAUCUCAAAGAAAGGAAAGAGGAUAAAUGUUAUCAGUAUUGGCCAGAAAAAGGCUGCUGGAUGUACGGGAACAUCAGGGUGGCGAUGGAGGACUUCACUGUACUGGUGGACUACACCAUAAGAAAGUUUUGCGUUCAAUAUCAGGGCAGCGAUGGUCCCCGAGCUCCGCGGCUGGUCACCCAGCUCCACUUCACCAGCUGGCCAGACUUUGGGGUGCCAUUCUCACCCAUCGGCAUGCUGAAAUUCCUCAAGAAGGUCAAGGCUGUCAAUCCAUCGUAUGCUGGACCCAUUGUUGUGCACUGCAGUGCCGGGGUGGGAAGGACUGGGACGUUCAUUGUCAUUGACAGCAUGAUCGACAUGAUGCACAUGGAACAGAGGGUGGAUGUCUUCGGCUCUGUGAGCAGAAUACGAGAACAGCGCUGUCAGCUCAUCCAGACAGAUAUGCAAUACUCCUUCAUCUACCAGGCUCUGUUAGAGUACUAUUUGUAUGGAGACACAGAGCUGGAUGUGUGCUCUCUGGAGGGCCAUCUGCAGAGGCUUCACAACACCAGGGCUCCCCACGACAGGCUGGGCCUGGAGGAGGAGUUCAGGAAGCUGACCAAUGUCCGCAUAAUGAAGGAGAACAUGAGAACUGGGAACCUUCCUGCCAACAUGAAGAAGAACCGUGUGCUUCAGAUCAUUCCGUAUGAUUUCAACCGAGUAAUACUCUCAGUAAAAAGAGGACAGGAGUUCACCGACUACAUCAAUGCCUCCUUUAUUGAUGGCUACAGGCAGAAGGACUAUUUUAUCGCAACCCAGGGCCCACUGUCUCACACAGUGGAGGACUUCUGGAGGAUGGUGUGGGAGUGGAGGUGUCAUUCAAUCGUUACGCUCACCGAACUCAAAGAGAGGGAGCAGGAAAAGUGUUUCCAGUAUUGGCCAUCAGAGGGCAGUGUAACAUUUGGAGAUUAUACUGUGGAGCUGACUGGAGAUGCACAGUGUGAAACCUUUACUCUCAAAGACAUGGUGCUCACCUACAGACCAGAAAAGCAGUCACAACACGUCCGACACUUCCACUUCCACGGAUGGCCUGAGAUUGGAAUACCAGCCGAGGGAAGAGGGAUGAUUGACAUUAUUGCCGCUGUGCAGCGGCAGCAGCAGCAGUCUGGAAACCGUCCCAUAAUUGUGCACUGCAGCGCUGGUGCGGGUCGCACCGGUACCUUCAUUGCCCUCAGUAACAUUCUGGAGAGGGUGAAAGCUGAAGGCCUCCUGGACGUUUUUCAGACAGUCAAGAGUUUACGCAUGCAGAGACCACACAUGGUUCAGACUGUGGAGCAAUACGACUUCUGCUACCGAGUGGUUCAGGAUUUUGUUGACAUUUUCUCAGACUACGCCAAUUUUAAAUAAUAAUGCUGUUUCGACUUGUGCAUUUUUUUUCUGAAUGUUGUUUCCUACAGCAAGCUCUUUUUACAUUUUGCACUUGAUUACAGAUCUAAAGAAAUAAUUGUAACAUACUGUAAUAUAAUUGAAAACAUCUGUACUCCAGGAGAGUCUGUCUCUUUCAGGGAUUCUUGAUCUUCAAGUAUCCCAAUGUAAAAUAUAGAAAUUAUAGUGGUUUAUUAAUAGGUUGGUUGGGAUCUUCAAUAUGUAUAAGUUUUAUGUUGCAUCUUUGUGAGGGUCAAUAAAGAAAAACAUUCAAAGAC